CUGAAACAGCUGUAGUAAGUGUGUGCACGAGUUUACUGCUCAUCCAGAAGUGUAUUAUUCGCGUUAUUUUCUAGUGGCUAUUUCGUAUCACUACCCGCGUGUACAACAGCAACUAAGCCGGUUAUCCGCAGUCACCACUUUUAACAUCAAAUAUAAAUAUAGUGUGUGGGUAUUGUUGGGAGUAAAUCUCCUGAGCGUUAGCUCCCUGUCUUCCUUGUAGAAGUUGUUCCCGGUGCGCCGUUCAGUCGGUAUCGUGAGUUCUAACCGCGAACAUAAACUCGUCUAUACGCGAAGAAGAUCCGACGAUUCAAGCUGCUUGGGAUUCGGUGAUUCGGAAAUUUUUGUUACGUGCUUCCGCUACUACUACAGUACCGUUCGUCAAAAAUGGCUUUGACCUUGUGUAGCAAAAAAGUGUUCACUGCCUUCCGCAUAAACCAGCGAACACUAGAGAUCACUAAGGUGCUCGCAUGUCGCUACUCGACGACGAAACGGUGUGGCAAGAUUUUCGAAUCUGCCGAGGAAGCCGUAGCCGACAUCCCGGACGGCGCCAAGCUGUUGGUGGGCGGCUUCGGACUGUGCGGCGUUCCGGAGAACCUGAUCGGGGCUUGCGUCAAAAAAGGCGUCAAAGAUUUGACGGUGGUGUCGAACAAUGCCGGUAUUGAAAACUUCGGUCUCGGUCUGUUUUUACAGAAGCGAAUGAUCAAACGUAUGGUUGCCUCGUAUGUCGGCGAAAAUGCUGAAUUCGAACGCCAGUUUCUUAAAGGUGAGCUGGAGGUGGAACUCACGCCCCAGGGAACGAUGGCUGAACGUAUACGUGCCGGUGGUGCUGGUGUGCCUGCCUUCUUCACACCCACCGCUUAUGGAACCCUGGUGCAUGAGGGUGGUGCACCGAUCAAGUACGGCAAGGACGGAACCGUCGAAAUUGCAAGUCAGCCACGACCGAUGCAGAUGUUCAAUGGAAAACCGUACAUCAUGGAAGAAGCCAUCAUUGGGGAUUUUGCCCUAAUCAAGGCCCAUAUUGCCGACGAGUCUGGAAAUUUGAUUUUCAACAAAUCAGCUCGUAAUUUCAACCCGACUAUGUGUAAAGCAGCCAAAACAACUAUUGUUGAAGUGGAGAAAAUAGUACCAGUUGGCGAACUGGAUCCGGAUCAAAUUCAUAUCCCUAGUUUGUUCGUACAUCGCAUUAUCAAGGGAGCCAAAUACGAGAAACCGGUCGAACGGUUACGAAUUCGUGAGCCGAAGAAAGUUGGCUCCGUGGUUUCAUCCACUCCAGCAGCGAAAAAUCGUGAGCGCAUUGUGAAACGUGUUGCACUGGAGUACAAGGACGGAAUGCACAUUAACCUGGGAAUCGGUAUUCCGGUACUCUCCUCUAACUACAUCAAGGGGAUCAAUGUGUUGUUACAUUCUGAAAACGGUAUUCUGGGGUUGGGGCCAUUCCCAGAGAAACACGAAGUGGAUCCCGAUUUGAUUAAUGCCGGCAAGGAGAGUGUAACUGUUAUACCAGGAGCUUCGUAUUUCUCAUCGGACGAGAGCUUCGCGAUGAUUCGCGGAGGACACAUAGACAUCACUGUUCUAGGUGCCAUGCAGGUAUCGCAAUUCGGUGACUUGGCCAACUGGAUGAUUCCUGGUCUCCUAAUAAAGGGCAUGGGAGGUGCUAUGGAUUUAGUAUCCGCCCCCGACACCAAGUGCAUAGUGACAAUGGAACACAACGCUAAGGAUGGUUCGCACAAAAUCCUUGCGGAUUGUACGCUGCCAGUGACAGGUAAGAACUGCGUUGACAUGAUCGUCACUGAAAAAGCUGUUUUCGACGUGGAUCGAGAACGGGGUCUGAUCUUGAGGGAAAUCGCUGACGGUGUUAGCGUGGAAGAAGUAAUCACCAGCACCGGUUGCAGUUUUGAGGUGUCACCAGAUCUGAAACCAAUGGGACAGGUCCAAGAAUAAGGUUAAUGGACGCGUGAGUGUUUGUGUGUCUAUGUUUUAUAUGGAGAAAUGUUCUAUAUACAAUACAUGAUAGCUAGCUUUAUCAUGGCAUCUCAAGAAUAGAUAUGCUUUCACGUCGAAAUUUGCUAAAAUUUUUAGGUACUCAGGAAAAAGCAUUUGUUUCUUAUCUAUAUGUUGCUUCGGUUGCUACACAUUGACAUUAUAGACAUUGGAGCUAAAAUUUAGAAAUCUGUCCAGUGAAAUGAGGAUUUCUUCUAUUACAUCAAGAUUUCAGCUGUAAAGAGUAUUUAAUACUAAGUCUAACACUGAAUGUAUACACACCCUUUUCGGUUUUAUUGUUGUUAAGUUAUUUGUACGAUCUAUAUGAACAUACAUUUUAAUACAUAGCGUGUUGGACUAUAUAACAA